CUCUGCGCUACUCUUUAUACGUGAGCAGAAAUGGUAAGAAAUGAUGUGAUGGUCAAACAUUAAUUAGGGUUAGGGCAGAGAGGUUGUCUGACUCUAAUAGCUAUAUAGUUAAUUAGCUAGUAUUUACAGUUGCAGGGUUGGAACUUUCGGAAGGUUAUAAUAUGGAAGAUGAUUUGAGUAGUUCUAGUCACAAGCAGAAGGAAAAAGAAGCAAAUAUUGAAGAUCAUGAGAUUCUCAAAAAGAAAAUCUCUACUCAUCCUUUAUAUGGUUUGUUGAUUGAAAAUCACUUGGACUGCUUGAAGGUUAGUGGAAUCAACGGCGAACUAGAGGCAAAUGAUGGCUGCGGAGAUAUGAAACAGCUUGACUACAACUGCAAUGCAAAUUUAGGCGUGCUUGGACAUUCUGACCUCGAUCACUUCAUGGAAGCAUAUUGCUUGGCACUUGGGAAGCUGAAAGCAGCAAUGGAGGAACCUCGGCAGAAGUCUAUGGAGUUCAUAACUAACAUGCAGUUGCAACUUGAGGAUCUCACAAACAACUCCCAUCUACCUGAUCAACCUGCACCCGCCUCACUUUCUGGUGAAAGCUAGAGAUGACUGUAGCACAAGGGCCAUGGGACAAAGAUGAAUUCUGCAGGGUUUAAGAUGUGCUUUCAGAACCAUUUAUAUGAAUAUUGCAGAAUGGUAUUUGCCACCAUUGAUCACGUUUGUGAGUUGUGACAAUUUGAAGAACCUGUAAACAUGUGUUAUCUGGUCCUUAAUCAAACAUUAGAUAUCAAGAAGUGAAUUUUAGGCAUAUGAGUCGGUAAAAAACACUUAUGUCUUGAAUUCAGAAUAUUUUCUUUUUAAUUUUUCA